ACCCCACUUAGCACAGCUAACAGCUGCAGCUUCGAUGCAGUGAGUGGCGGCAGGUAUUUUGAACAAUUUAAAGUAAUUUUCCGAUGAGAUUCUUUGCCCGGACACUAGCUGACACUAUGAAGAUGAUACUAUUUUCUCUAUUGGUUGCCCUUUUUCAUACCGGCUCUACUCUUGCUAGUUAUCAAAACAAUAGCUUCACUCAUUGUUUGACAUCUGAAAACUUCACUGUGCUGGAGGCCCUGCCUGGCGGAGGCUGGGACAACCUGAGGAACGUGGACAUGGGUCGAGUGAUGAAGUUCACCUACUCCCAGUGUAAGACCACAGAGGACAGGGUCUACCUCAUCCCUGAUGAGGUGUUUGUGAUCCCCCAAAAGGAGACCGAUUUAAAGACCAGCUCAGAGAUCAUCAGUUCAUGGGUGAACCAGAAGAGUGCAACCUCUACAUCUAUAAAUGCAGAUGUGUCCUUUUUUGUGUUGUUGAAUGGCAAAUUUUCAACAGAAAACCGGAAGAUGAAAACAGCACAGUUAAAAAAUUCAUCUCUAAUAGCAAGAGUACAGGUGCGUGACUUUCUCUACACAGUGAAGACUAAUCCAGACUUCACACUGGACUCACGUUUUGUUCAGCGAGUCAAAGACAUAGCAGAUGCCAUUGAAAACAACCAGACACAGAAUGCGGCCUAUCUGUCUGAGAAGAUGGUGGUGGACUAUGGGACCCAUGUGAUCACCAGUGUAGAUGCUGGAGCCUCUUUAGUGGAGGAGGACUACCUGGACUCAAAAUAUGUCUUAGAUAAUGCACAACAGCAAUCCAAUAUAAAAAUAGAGGCAAGUGUUCACUUUUUUAACAUAAUCAAAUUUAAAAGCAGUACAUUUGACGGUGGUGUUCAGAAUACUGAUGAAAGUUCAUCCCGGGAGACUUACGAGUCAAACAUAAAACACUAUAAUAUUGAGAGUCAUGGAGGUGUGCCUUUCUAUCCUGGACUCACUCUGCAGAAAUGGCAGAACAGUAUAAAAAACAAUCUGGUGGCUAUUGAUCGCUCAGGAGUCCCCCUACACCAUAUUAUCAACCACAACACACUCCCUGAUAUACCACCUUCCACUGUAGAAAAGGUCUCUCUGUCUCUUGAAAAAGCCAUAGAGCGAUAUUAUGUGGUCAACACUCAUCCGGGCUGUGUAGAUGUCAACUCCCAGAACUUCAACUUUCAGGCAAAUGUUGAUGAUGGAUCGUGCACAGCCACUAACCUCAGCUUUGGAGGUGUCUAUCAACAAUGUGACAACCUGAGCAAUGAUGCAGGGCCACUUUGUGAGAAACUUGCCCAAAAGAACCCAGACACGGGUGACUUCUCCUGUCGUUCUCCUUACACACCCACUUUACUGAGAUCUGAAGAGAGACAGGAAGAAUAUACUAAGAAUGAAUGUUAUGACGAUACAUACAGAUGUGGGUUUUUAUACUUACAACACUGUACUAAACAGACUUGUCAGGACAAAAACUAUGUGCGUUCUGCUCGUAUUGACACAUACUGGUGCUCAAAUACUGAAACAGCCUCAGUCCACUCUGGGUAUCUCUUCGGAGGACUCUAUAGCAAAGAUGUUUCUAAUCCUAAUACCAAUUCCAAAGAUUGUCCCCCACAAUUUAUUGAAGUAACAUUUCUCUCAGAAGGAAUGACGCUGUGUCUAAGCCAUGACUAUGAAAUGGGCUCAAGAUAUGCAGUGCCCUUUGGAGGCUUCUUCAGCUGUGAGUCAGACAACCCUAUGGCAAACAAUACACACCACUGCCCUCUUCAGUUCAGCCAACACCUUGUUACAUCGAGCAAUGACUGUGAGAUCCAGUACUGUGUCCCAACAAUGUCUUUUACUGGAGGAGAGCUGCAAGAUAUCCAACUGCCUCCAUUCACCAUACCUCCACAAAUUAGGAUGGAAGCUAAUGGUAAUGUGAUGGUCAUGACUGAGGGAGAGAAGAACUGGGUCAGAGUUGGUGAAGACAAGCAAUGGAAACUGGCCACACAAGAGGAAAUCCAGGAAAUAGUGAAGAAAAUGCACCCUGAUUAUAAUGAGCUGUCCGGUGGGAAAAAGACUGGGAUAGCUUUUGGGGUGCUAGCUUUGGUUGCCCUGGUGGUUUUGAUGAUAGUGAUAAUAAAAAUAAUCAAGAAAAGACGAAGGGACCACACUAGCUAUGCGAUGUUUGUGAACAGGUAGGCUGCUUUCAACAGUUCUGUAACAUUUGUUCCUGAUCGAUUCAAAAUUGUUGAUGGUGGACAAAGAUCAGGGCAGAUUUGACUACUGGGUCAGUGGGUAAUGGGCAUAAUGUGGGUAAUUGUGCAUGUGCAUUCUUCUGGGGAUCUGGUCAUGUUUGUAAAUAAUUUGUUGUUCUGAAAUAUUUUACCUAAAAAAAGCUAAAUUAAUAGAAAAAUAUAUAUAUAUCUUAUGAUUUUAUGACAGUUCUACAACUGGGGGCAUUAUAUAACACUAUCUGUAACAUUGUUUUCACGUUUUUUUUCUUAUCUAAGUACCAUGUUUUUGAUGAUUUGAUCAAUGCAAGCUGUUAUUAAUUAAAACAAUAUAACAUUAUUACUGUGAAACCUUUAUAUUUGUUGUGUUUUCCUCAUGUAGAGUGUAAUGGCAGGGGUUCAUAUUUUGCAUAAACUGCUUGGUGUUAAGG